UCUCACGAGCUAAUCAGGAAAAAGAUCGGCGAAGAAGAAGAAUAAAGAAGCAUACCCCCGGAAUUUUCUCUCUCUAAAAUUCCUUCGAUUUCUUCUUCUCGGGAUCUCACUGUCUUGACUCUUCCUUUCUCUGUUUGUUCUUUUUUCCCCCCGAAAAAUUAAUCGAAAAAGUCUUUCUGGGAUCCGUAUAUAUUUGUGUUGUGUGUGUGUAUAUAAAAGCGCCAUAAUUCGUGGAAUUUGAUACUUCAGUUUGUUUUCUCUUUUUAGAUUAUCUGGGUGUGAAUUUAGAUAGUGAUAAUUGAAGAUUAGAGCAGAGAUUAGGACUUGAGAUUACUGGAGUUCUUGCGAUUACGAGUUUUCGGGGCUGAAAGAUUUGGUUCAGAGUAUGACGGUCCCGACGAUAGCUCUUUACGCCAGCCCAAGCAGCGUGUGCUCGGCUCCCCACCAGAUUAGUUCCCAUGCCUCGUACGAUUUAGACGUGAACAGCCGGUCAACGUCGUCGGCGUCGGCAUCUCCGUCGCAAAGAGCGGUGGCGGGGGGCUUAUCUUGCUUGUUUUCGACCCCGCCAAUUAAAUCUGCGACUUAUGCAACCGGGGCGGAGGAAUUGGGUUCCUUAUGGCAUGAUAGGACCGAGGAAUCGGGGUCUUCUUUCCGAUACUCUUCGUUGAGUUCGUCGUGGAAACGAGAUCAGGCUCAUCACAGCCCGGUUUCUGUGCUUCAAGGGCCUAGUAGUUCAAUUGGUUUGGGUUCUCGAAGCCCUAACAGGAGAACUAGCGCUGAUUUCAGUUCAAUUAGGUAUGUUAGUGGGGGUAUGUUUAAUGGAUUCGUGAGGCAUGCGUUGGGUUCUUGUGUAGAUUAUGAUUCAUCCCCUUUGGCAUUGGAUAUUAAGGACUUUGAUUUGUCCUCAUCCUCGAAUGUUAUGUCAAAUGAUGAACUUACUUUCAACAUGGAGGAUAAUUUGCUGGAGCUGGAUUUGCCGUCUUAUGCAAAAGACUUGCUUUCUGAUGCGCAGUCGAGGCAUUUGGUUUUCAGGGAUGAUUUUGUUGUCAAGGCUUUUUAUGAAGCAGAGAAGGCUCAUAGAGGCCAGACGCGAGCAAGCGGGCAUCCUUAUUUGCAGCAUUGCUUGGAGACGGCAAUUCUACUGGCAAACAUUGGUGCUAAUUCUACAGUUGUUGCUGCAGGCCUUUUGCACGACACUGUUGACGAUUCGUCUGUUACUUAUGACCAUAUCUCAAGGUCAUUUGGAGCUGGAGUGGCUGAUUUAGUGGAAGGGGUGUCUAAGCUGAGCCAAAUGAGCAAGCUUGCAAGGGAGAAUAACACUGCCAAUAGAACUGUUGAAGCAGAUCGAUUGCAUACGAUGUUCCUCGCUAUGGCAGAUGCUAGGGCUGUCUUAAUAAAGCUGGCUGAUCGAUUGCACAAUAUGAUGACUUUGGAUGCAUUACCUUUGAACAAACAACAACGGUUUGCAAAGGAAACUUCAGAAAUAUUUGUGCCACUGGCAAAUAGAUUAGGGAUCUACACUUGGAAAGAACAGCUAGAAAUUCUCUGUUUCAAACAUCUCAAUCCAGUCCAGCACCAAGAAUUAUCAUCCAAGCUCCUGCAGUCGUUUGAUGAGACUGUAAUUACUUCUUCUCUAGAGAAGCUAGAGCAAGCUCUCAAGGCUGGUUCAGUUUCCUACCACUGUCUGUCAGGGAGGCAUAAAAGCUUGUUUAGCAUCUAUUCCAAAAUGUUGAAGAAGAAGCUAAAUAUGGAUGAAAUUCAUGAUAUUCACGGGUUAAGAUUGAUAGUUGAAACUGAAGAAGAUUGCUAUAAAGCUUUAAGAGUCGUGCAGCAGCUAUGGCAUGAAAUACCUGGGAGGUUCAAGGACUACAUAGUUUAUCCGAAGUGUAAUGGGUACCAGUCCCUACAUACAGUAGUCAUAUCUGAGAGUAUGGUUCCUGUAGAAGUUCAGAUCCGAACAAAAAAGAUGCAUCUGCAAGCUGAGUAUGGAUUUGCUGCCCACUGGAGAUACAAAGAAGGUGACUGUAAAUACUCUUCCUUUGUCCUUCAGAUGGUUGAAUGGGCGCGAUGGGUCAUUACCUGGCAGUGCGAGGCCAUGAGCAAAGACAGGUCAUCUGUUGAUCUUUUUGACUCCACAAAGCUACCUUGCAUGUUCCCUACCCAUUCGAAAGAUUGCACAUUUUCAUGCAAACCUCAAUGUGGCUCUGAUGGACCUGUCUUCGUCAUCAUGAUUGAGAAUGAUAAGAUGUCAGUUCAGGAGUUACCUGCAAACUCAUCUGUGAUGGAUCUGUUGGAAACUACGGGUCGAGGCAGUUCUCGGUGGACUUCUUAUGGGCUUCCGGUGAAGGCAGACCUUAGGCCACGGCUAAACCAUGAGCCUGUCAGUGAUCCAACAUGUAAACUGAAAAUGGGGGAUGUGGUGGAACUGACUCCAACAAUACCAGAUAAGUCAUUGACUGUGUAUCGGGAAGAAAUCCAGCGGAUGUAUGACCAGGGUCGCAGCAUAUCAAGUGCUGUGCCUAGCUAUAGAAGUUGACCUUAGUUGAACUCAUUCUUUCGUAGUGUACCAUUCAAUUGAAAAGAAGAAAAA